AUGGAUCAAGAGUCGUUAUCUACAUUCAAGCUUGCUCUUGCAACGAGGUCUGCAGCUCCUCGGAUAGAAGCCCACUAUCAGUACUAUCGGACCGCUGUCGAGCCCAUCCUAAGGAAGACCGAGGACGACUGUCUCGACUGGGUACUCAUUGAGGGGCAGCAGUACUGCAGCGCGUCACUCGAUCAGCCUCAAGGUUCGGUGGACGGAAGGCAGGAUCGCCAGUUACCAUUCGACAUUAUUCUGGGCUCCGGAUCUGGAAGUGUGCUUUAUACCGAUAUCACCUCGAGUCAAUUUGGCCAAUUUCACAAGAUUCUCUCCGAGAAGGCUCGGAAAGGAGAAGGAUCAUAUCGAAUCCGGCACCGCGUUACGUCGAGCGCGGGGCUGGAGGCACUACCAGUCAGUGGCUAUGGUGUUGAACUUGCCCUGAAGAGGACUGAUUAUAUUGUUAUCGAUGAUCGAGAGGCUGGUGAUGAUGCCACACAAAAGCCUACUUCUGAAGUCAACUUAGAUGGCGAGGAAGAAGUUGCCGAUCUCAAGCCACUGUCAACUUCAGAGCUGUCCGAGCUGGGCCUAAAAGCAGCCUCCUUCGUCAUGCACAGCGAGAGUCCUUUCGACACCCUACUGAAGCUGACUCAAGAUUUCCCAAAAUACUCUACAUCAAUCGCUGCACACAACGUCUCCGCCGAUUUCGUGAAGGAGCAUCAAGCCAAUCGCCAGGCUUUGGUGCCAAGUGGAAUGAAUGUGCUUUGGAUGAAUGGUGUACAGCUAAUUGAACGCCAAAUAGACGCAUUCACUCUCGUUGACAUGCUGAGACGGGAACGAAAGCUCAUCCAUGGUGCGAUGGACCUCGGGCUGACUGGUAAAGAGGCUGUCUCCCUCUUGGGGCAUUCUUCAGUAGCAUCAUCCAAGGCAGACAAUGAGCCGCAGCGCUUCGACUGGCGUGAUGAAAUCGAAGAAGGGCAGGUCAUCAUCUGGUUGAAUGACUUGGAGAAGGAUAAGCGAUAUGCCGAAUAUCCGAAAACACUCAUGGCUCUUCUACAACCUGCCAUGCCUGGCCAAUUACCCCCCAUUCAGAGGGAUAUUUUCAAUCUGAUCUUCCCUGUCGACCUAACUAAGGCCGAGGACAUCUUGCUCGUCGUUGACCAGCUCCAAGGCUUCGUCAAACGCAAAUUGCCAGUGAGGUUCGGACUUGUCCCGUUGGUAUCAACCCCAGAAUCGCUAGACCAGGCCAAAGUUGUCUACCAUCUACUUGAGAAUUACGGUUUGGCUGCUAUGGUGACGUAUUUGCAAUCUAUUGGCGAUGGCAAGAAAACGCCUGCAGCAGACAAAACGGUCUUCGACAAGGUGAUCAAAGACCGCAAGCCUCGGGCAGAAGCUACACCUCUUCCUUUUAAUGAUGUGCUCCGGUCAGAGCACCAUGAGAGGCAGACCGAACUUGCGCUACACUGGGCAGAGAGAUUGAAGGCAAAUGGCCCAGUCACCACCUUAUUCGCGAAUGGUAUCGCUAUACCGCGUGAUGACAACUGGCUCCAGCCAAUGAGCCAGAGAUUAGGGCUUGAUUUGCGUGCUGUUCAAGAGGGGGUCUACUACGGCAUGAUCGGAGAGGACACGUGGCUCCCGGGCUACUUUAUCGAAAAGGCUGCUUCCCGCCGUAACGUCAUCCUGUUCCCGGAAGAUGACAAGUCACUUACAAUCCUGGAUGUCAAUAAAUUGUACACAGAACACAAAGAUCUCUUCCACCAACUCCCUGUCAUUGAAGCCAAUCCAGAUUCUACAAAGGAGAACUGGGCGGCACUAUCUCUGGUUGCAGACCUAAGUAGCGAAGAGGGUCGCAAACUCGCAGUCUCAGCUCUACAAUUCCGUGCAAAUAAUCCUGGUGUUCGAUUCGACAUCAUCCACAAUCCUGCCGACGCGGCCGGGGCGCAUGUUAUCAACAAUGUGCUUAAGUCGAAGGUCGAUGACUUGGUCAGUAUCGAAACAGUCGAGUCGUUCGCUACUGUGCUCAACGCAGCCAAGAAAUCUUCUGACGAUGGGUUCGGCGUUGCGCUUGCAAGAUUUCUAAAGACCGCAGCUAUAUUACCGGCAACGAACGUACUCAUUCUCAAUGGCCGAGUGGUUGGUCCUAUUCCCACGGCAGCUGAUUUCACUACAGAGGACUUUCAAACACUGCUAGAGUUUGAGCAGGCAAACAGGAUUCUUCCUGUCUACGAGGCCAUUGAGGAACUCGGCCUUACCGAGAAAAUGUCAGGGCCGCUAGCAGCCGCGAAAGUGACUUCUAUCACCGCCUUGUCCACAAUGUCAGACGUACCAGAGGGAAUAUUUGAGUCAGCCCCGACCUUGAGGAUAUCUGCCUUCAAUACCUGGAACUCCAGCUACACUGCGUUUGAAGUCGGUGACGCAUCAACUGCGACGAUUCACUUCGUUGCUACUCUCAAUCCAGCCAGCGAACAAGGGCAGAGAUGGGUACCCAUCCUGAAGGUACUAUCUGAGCUUGAUGGAGUACACCUCAAGGUCUUCCUAAACCCAAGAGAUAGGCUGGAUGAGCUCCCUAUCAAGAGAUUCUAUCGAUAUGUGCUGGAAUCGGCCCCCUCAUUCGAUGAUUCGGGCAAAGUGAAGUCGUUAAGUGCAACGUUCAAGGGCCUUCCCUCUGAAGCGCUGCUCACUGCGGGGAUGGACGUGCCUCCCGCUUGGCUUGUGUCAUCUAAAGACUCUGUGCAGGAUCUUGACAACAUCAAGAUGAGUUCGGUUAAAGGCGACGUCAACGCUAUCUACGAACUAAAGCACAUCCUCAUCGAGGGCCAUUCCCGAGAGCCUGGUGGUGGACCGCCUCGUGGAGUACAGCUUGUUCUUGCCACGGAGACGGAUCCACACUUCGCGGAUACCAUUAUCAUGGCCAAUCUUGGUUUCUUCCAAUUCAAAGCUAACCCAGGCUUUUACAACAUUCAGCUCAAAGAAGGAAGAAGUUCUGACAUAUUCAGCAUCGAGAGCGUCGGUGCAUUGGGCUACAGUCCAGCUCCUGGCGAUGAAGGCACAGAAGUAGCAUUGAUGGACUUCAUGGGAACGACCUUGUAUCCACGUCUUGUGAGGAAACCAGGCAUGGAGAAUGAAGAUGUCUUGGAAGACAUCAAGCCAGCCGAGCCUGCUGGCGGUGCCAUGGACUUCGUUUCUAAGGGCUUGAAGUUAGCCGAAGGCAUCUUGGGUGGCAGCAAGGAUAAACCCAAAACGAAGUCUGUCUCAGACCAAGAGCAUGCCGAGAUCAACAUUUUCUCAGUCGCUAGCGGUCAUCUCUAUGAGCGUAUGCUGAACAUCAUGAUGGUCAGUGUGAUGCAACAUACAAAUCACACGGUCAAAUUCUGGUUCAUCGAGCAAUUCCUGUCGCCCUCAUUCAAAGACUUUAUCCCACACAUGGCGGCGGAGUACGGCUUCAAAUACGAAAUGGUCACGUACAAAUGGCCCCACUGGCUCCGCCAGCAGAAGGAGAAGCAACGAGAGAUCUGGGGGUACAAGAUCCUCUUCCUUGACGUUCUUUUUCCUCUGUCUCUUGACAAGGUCAUUUUUGUCGAUGCUGAUCAGAUCGUGCGAACUGAUAUGUAUGAUCUUGUUCAACAUGACUUAGACGGCGCUCCUUACGGCUUCGCACCCAUGUGUGACUCCCGUACUGAGAUGGAGGGUUUCCGCUUUUGGAAGCAAGGCUAUUGGGCCAAUUACCUGAGAGGCCUGCCGUAUCACAUCUCUGCCCUAUACGUCGUCGAUCUCCGAAGGUUCCGUGAGCUGGCAGCGGGCGACCGGCUUCGCCAACAAUACCACACGCUCAGCGCGGACCCAGCUAGCUUAUCGAACCUGGACCAGGAUCUGCCUAACCAUAUGCAAUUCCAAAUCCCCAUUCACAGCUUGCCGCAAGAGUGGUUGUGGUGCGAGACGUGGUGUAGCGAUGAAAGUCUCACGAAAGCCCGCACCAUUGAUCUAUGCAACAACCCGCAAACCAAGGAGCCUAAGCUCGAUCGGGCAAGGAGACAGGUGCCUGAGUGGACUGUGUACGAUGAUGAGAUAGCGGCUCUCGAUCGGAGACGGAAGGGCUUGGCUGCUGAUGGCAAUCUGCUUCCAGAAGACGAGGCUCAGAAGGUCGUUGCCGGAGAACCGAACACAAAGAGUAGGCGGCUGGAUGAGCCGGAGACUCGCAAAAGAGACGAGCUGUAG